CACAAAUCUGACUACUUAGCUAGCUAAACUUGCAGAUCAAAAUAUUUGUGCCUCCUGGCUCCUACUAUUGUGUUGUAUUUGCACAAGAUUAGCAUGAUAGCAUUGACUUUCAACUUAAUAUUUCGUACUUCAUUCAAAGUUUAUUAAAAUAAUAUUAAUGCUACAGAGAAAUACAUAUAGAUAAUUGUGUAUUUUUAAUAACAUCAGAAUAUCGAAAAGAAAUUAAAUAUUUGAUUACGGAACACUAGAAAAAUUUUAGAGUACCGCGAUAUGCAUCACAGAGAUGAGUGGCGUGUUAACUAGGUGCAGAGUUAGCUCGGAGCAACUGCAUCUCCUUCUAUCGUUUAUGGAAGAGCACCGCGACUUCGCGGCGGGAAAACAAUCCAUAUACUCCAGAUUCAGCGCAUGUAAAUUGUGGCGGCUAUUAGCCGAAAGGCUUAACGCGGCUGCUGAAGAGUCGGGAGGAGCUCGUAAAUCACCUGACAAGUGGUGUCGGUUUUGGGCAGAUAUAAAAUAUAAAGCACGUAAGAAGUCAGCAGCUGGUGGAGCACUUGGUGAUUUAUCCAGUGUUGAAGAACGCUUACAAAAUCUUCUUGGUACUAAAUCAAGUGACUCUGGUGCAGGCACUCGUGGCGGUAGUCACUCGGACGAGGAGCGCAAGCCGGCACUGGACGAGGACAUGUAUUCGGAGGGAUCUGGUACAGGCGCAGCUGACGCUCCGCGUCUCGCUACCGAGGAGUUGCUGGCCGAGGCGGCCAUGCGCAGCGCGCUCGCAGCCGAGAAGCAAGCUGAGGCCGUGGCGCAGGCCGUGGAACUGCUGCGCGAUCUCGUCGUGCUAUUGCGCGAGCGUACUGCGCCUGUCGCGCCUGCACACGCACCCUCCCACGCACCGCACGCACCUCCCGCACCCGAUCACGCGCUUGCCAUGCAGCACCACCAUCAUCGACUCUGAUCUAUGUAGCUACACUCAAUCAAUAUCAAUAUAGCUAUUUAACAAAUA